UAUGGUUUGCGAAUGACAACACCAAAUAAAAUCAAUAAUGUUGCCAUUGUCUAAAAAAAAUUGCUUCCGUAACUUACACCGUAUUGAUGUAAGUCAACAAGGAUGUGUUUUGUAUCCCAAGUUAUUUAUGAAGAGGUUAAAGUGUCAUGUACGAUUCUAUCAAAUGACAUGCAAUUACACACCUUAAGAACUAUGGUCACCCAAGAGUCAUCUCAUAGCUUUUCUUGUGACAUCUUCUGACAAUUUUUGUAAACACACGCUUGUCGAAUAGGCUAUUUACUGCGGAAGUAAUGGCUUCCCUAAAAUUUAAUUGCAGAUAUUAUUUUGUAGUGAUAAUUAACAAUUAGACAAAAAUAUAAUGUAAUGUUUUCCGAAUUGAGGAAUUGCAUAAGGAUACCUUGUAUGAGAAUGGCAUUUUGAGUACGAAAUUUCCUCUGGCGUCGCGGGACAUGAACGAAAGAUAUUUGGAUUCCGAAGCGUGAACGAGAAAACCAUGAGUGACGUGAGUGGCAGCAGUUCUGGCAACAAAAGAAAAGGAAAAGGUCGCGACGAAGAGGGGUCUGAUGAGGACACUUGGGACAGUGACGAUGACGAUGAUACUAUAGCCAGGAUCCAGCGAGCGCAUUUUGCUCAGGCAGCAGCCAUGCGCGGCCGCCGGCGCUCCAACCCGCGCCCACGGCCCAUGAGCAACAAACGGAAACUAGAAGCAGUCAAACAAUUUCACGAUUUCACGAAAAAACUCAAAAAAGACACUGGUGUAGCUAUAAGAAGUCUUGUUGGUAACAAUAUAUUAGAGUUAAGUGAUUUUUCAAGUGAGGACAGUCAAUCGGACAGUGAUGGUUUGUCAGAGGAGGAGUUUGUGGUUAACCCCACUGCUGUUGAAGAGUUGAACCAGGAUGACGAAAGUUACAUAGAUCCAGAGACUGGUGAUUUUGUACAAAGUAAGAAGAGUGAUGAAAAGCCGCCUAAACCCGCCAGUCCACAGCCAGAGCUUGUGCCUGCCGAAGCGGAGCUACCCGAAGAGAAAAAAACAUUAUCUAUAAGUGAUAUUAUUAGUGAUGGUGACUUAGAUUUAACUAAAAAUGUGGAGAUUUCAGAAGUUGAAGAGAGUGAGUUGUGUCCUGAAAAGGCGGAUGAAUUAUUAGACAUGAAAAAUGAGGAGAACAGUCAAGAUUUUGACAUUACGGAAAAAUUGAAAGAAAUGGGUGAGAUUAGUGUUAAGCCAAUAAAGAAAGAUGACGAAGAAGAGAAACCACCAAGUGAGGAAGACAAGAAGACAGAGAAUGAAGAAGAUAAAAAACAAAACUCCAAUGCACUCAAUAUGAGACGGAACAUCCGAGAUGUGAUGGACGAAAAGAACCUAGAUGCAUCUACCCUGGCUGCACAGCGGCAGGAGUCAGAGCGUCUUGCGAGAGUCCAGGAGCAGCAGAGGAUCAUUAGAGAGGUACAAAAACAAAUAGCGAUAAAUCGGCAGAACAAAAUACAUCAGAAAACGUUAUCACUGUUACAAGGAGGCUCAUCCCUAUUAAAGAAAGGGCCUGGAAAACUCAACCUACCAAACACAGUAUUGGUGAAGCUGCCAUCUGGCGAGAUGAAGAAGACCACAAUGAAGUCAGGUCAAGUGGAGGUGACCAAGAUACCAAAGCCUACGACGUCUGGCGCCUCCAAGUCCAUUAAACCCGAUCAAAAGACUGAUAAGAAAGAGGUGGUAGAGAUCGUGGAUAGCAGCAGUGGCGAGGAGUCAUCGUCGUCGGGGUCCGAUUCGGACGAUUGCAUAAUGCUGUCCGACUCGGAAGCCCCGAAGAGCCCGGAGGUUGAGGAAGAUCCACAUAAUUCUGGUCUCCACGUAAAUGACGCUUACAACACGCCGGACGAACAAGGUCGAGUUCUCAUAAAUUUGGGACAUCCCGAAAAUGAGGAGGAUAUCUUCCUAGCGCCUCAGAUAGCGCGGGUUAUAAAACCUCAUCAGAUUGGCGGCGUCAGAUUCUUAUUCGACAACAUAAUAGAGUCAGUUGAAAGAUUCUCAACAUCUACCGGCUUCGGGUGUAUUCUGGCACACUCCAUGGGCCUCGGGAAGACUCUGCAAAUCGUGUGCUUUUGCGACAUAUUCCUGAGGCACACCAGCUCCAAGACCGUGCUGUGUAUCAUGCCUAUAAACACUUUGCAAAAUUGGGUGGCGGAAUUCAACAUGUGGCUACCCUUGGACGCGGCCACGAGUCCGCUGUCGGCGCACGGCGAGGUGCGCCCGCGAAACUUCCCCAUCUACGUGCUCAACGACAGCCACAAGACGCUGCAGAUGCGCGCCAAAGUCGUCAAGGAAUGGACAACGGUCGGCGGCGUCCUCAUGAUUGGCUACGAGCUGUACCGCCUGCUCAGCAUGAAGAAGGACAAGAAGCCUCGUAAGAAAAAGAAGGCCGAGCUCAAGGCCGAAGAGAAAGAGAGGGAAGAACGAGAGAAGAACAAGGAUAAACCGGACACGCUCAACGAGGAUACUCAGGGCUCCGACGCUACGUUCCAAUCGAAACUGUCCGAUGAUUCUAAGCUGGAGGACGGCGAGCCGACGUGCAAGCUCGAGGCCGAAAUCAGAGAAGAGAUGAAGAAAGAAGAGAAGAAGAACGAGGACGCUCCUACUGACGAGGACAAAAAACUGUUGGACGAAAUGUACGAAGCGCUGGUUAAACCCGGGCCAGACUUGGUAAUUUGCGACGAGGGCCACAGGAUUAAGAACUCUCACUCAAACAUAUCAUACGCCUUGAAGCAGAUGAGGACCAAACGCCGUGUCGUUCUUACAGGCUACCCACUGCAGAACAACCUACUAGAAUACUGGUGCAUGGUGGACUUCGUCCGUCCGAACUACCUCGGCAGCAAGACGGAGUUCUGCAACAUGUUCGAGCGGCCCAUCCAGAACGGGCAGUGCAUCGACUCCACGCCGCAGGACAUCCGGCUCAUGCGCUACAGGGCUCACGUGCUACACUCGCUGCUCGUCGGCUUCGUGCAGAGGCGAUCGCACGCAGUACUCCAAUCGACGCUGCCCCAGAAGGAGGAAUACGUAUUAUUGGUGCGCAUGACGCCGUUGCAAAGGAAACUGUACGAUCGUUUCAUGAACGAGGUCGUUCGCUCCACGUCUGUACCGAACCCCUUGAAGGCUUUCGCUAUUUGCUGCAAGAUCUGGAACCAUCCCGACGUCCUGUACAACUUCCUGAAGAAGAGGAGCGAAGCCAACGCCGCCAUCGAGGAAGACCUGGACCUAGAAGAGCUCGGAGGCGUCACUAAGGCGGGGCGGGCGAAGAACAGCAAGAACACGCCUGGCAGGAAACCUGGCAGGCCUAAGGGUGCCUCAAAGAAACCAGCUGCGACAAUACCACCGAACACCACCACCGGCCCAGCGCCGCCGCGCCCCGACGCACCCUACGGGAACCCUCCCUACCCGCCACAACCCUACCGACCAGACCAGCCCGGGUCCUACCCUUACAACUACCAGAACCAGCCUCCUGGCUACUAUCCACCCAACCAACAGCCUUACAACCAAAACUACCCCAGCAACUACUACCCACAGCAGCCCUACGACAACAACUACCCCAACCAGUACCCCCAAAAUAACCCAGACAUGAACAAUCAAGGAUACAACCAGAACUACUGGAACAACGGCAAUUAUUACAACAAUCCUGGCUACUAUAACAAUCCGCAGUAUCCUAAUAAUGCUCCACCACAAAACUACACAGGAAACCCUCCUGACUUCAACAGUCAGCAAUAUCCGCCUAACUACAACCCGUCCUCAAAUGACCAGCAACCUUACCCAGGUAACGCAUUACAACCUUAUCAAAACAACCAAGAACAACCAGGGACCAGUUACGGGAACCAACCCAGACCGCCGUAUCAAGGGUCUUACCAGAAUGCGCCAGGAUUCCCGGAGUAUCCUAACGGCCCACCAGGAUCUUCGUAUCCUAACAAUCAAGCGCCCCCAGAAGCUUCGUUUCCUAAUAAUCAACCGCCUACGGGACCUUAUGCUAAUAACCAACCAGCGCCAGGACCAUACCCUAAUAACCAAGCACCACCAGGACCGUACCCUAGUAAUCAACCGCCACCUGGACCUUACCCUAAUAAUCAACCCCCACCAUCCUCGUACCCUCCCAACCAACCUCCACCAAGCUACCCCAACCAACCUUACCCACCGCCAUAUGCCAAUAACGAAGCUACUUACGGGAACAACCAGCCUCCUUACAACUUCCCCGCUUAUCCCAACAACAUGCCGCCUAAAGAAGAACCACAAAUUAAAUCUGAAUCUGGUAACUUCCCAACCAAUGACAUUAAGCCAAACGUUGGUCCCGGUCCAAACGGUGGCUUCGGGCAAACUCAGUUCGAUAAUACAUCACCUUAUUUGGGCUACAACAGUGGAUCUAAUCAAGCAAACCGACAGAUUAAGAACGAGCCUAAUCUUGGAUUCCAACCUGGUGAAGUCAAGAACGAAACAGGCCCUAAUGCAGCGCCUUACGGGAAUCCAGGUUAUAAUUAUAACCAAACUAACAUACCAGGUUUUCCAAACCAAGAUAAUAGUACAAAUGGGAAUUAUCCGUUCCCGUCCUAUCUUGAAACUAAACCGCCACUCGGAAGUAAUAGCUCCGGCAGUCCGCUCACAUCUUGGCCUCUAGAAUCAAUCAAAACAGAAGUCGACAAACUCAAAGCUGAGGAGAAAACUGAAACGAAAUCCGAAUCAGACGGUGAAGUCAAAAUCGCCGAUUUAGACACCAAAAUGAUUGUCAAAGAUGAAGGAAAAAAGACUAAAGAAAUAUCCAGUCUCGCAAAAGACAAUACAAAGAAACCUCAAGAUAAAAAGGAAAAGACGAGGAAAUCUAAGAGCGAUGCUUCCGAAUCUGAAGAUGAGGGUAAAAAAUCUAAACAGAAAGGCAAAGGCAAGGAAAGCAAGAAAUCUGACAAACCGAAGCCAAGGGGUCGACCUAGACUUGCCAAAGGAAGGAAAGACAGAAAAACUUCUAAAGAGAAAGAGGAUUCAGAGUCUGAGGACAGUGAAAAAGAAGAAAAACUAAACAGAGAAGAAGAAUUAGCCCUAAUGAAGAAAGCAGAAGAGGUAACAUAUGAUUGGGCUGCUGAACUGCUUAAAGACUAUAUCCCUGGUAUUAUAGAGAAUUCCUCUAAGAUGGAACUUUUCUUCUAUUUGUUGAAUGAGAGCAUAAAGAUGGGCGAUAGAAUACUGCUUUUCAGUCAGAGUUUGUUUACGUUGAACCUCAUUGAAGACUUUUUAGAGAGGAAUUAUAUUCCUGGCACAAACUGUUUGUGGGAGAGGAACACUAAUUACUAUCGUCUAGACGGCUCAACGCACGCGCUAGAGCGAGAAAAACUAAUAAACGAAUUCAACGCCAACCCAAAUAUCUACCUGUUCCUGGUAUCGACGCGCGCCGGCUCGCUAGGAAUUAACCUGGUCGGCGCAAACCGCGUCAUCGUGUUCGACGCGUCAUGGAAUCCCUGCCACGACACGCAGGCCGUAUGCCGAGUUUAUAGAUACGGGCAGAAGAAACCGUGCUUCGUAUACCGCUUCGUAAUGGACUGGUGCCUCGAGAAGAAGAUCUACGACCGACAAAUCAACAAGCAGGGCAUGGCCGACCGCGUCGUUGACGAGUGCAACCCCGACGCUGUUCUAUCUAUGAAGGAGAUCACUAAUCUGUGCUUCGAUAAUGACGAGAAGGAAUCCGAGCCCAAAGACCUGUCCGAGCACAAAGACAAGUACCUGGACGUGCUGAUGCAGGGCAUCAUCCAGCAUCACAGCAAGCUGCUGAGCAAGGAGCCCUUUCAGCACGAGUCGUUGCUGGUCGACAGGAAGGAGAAGAAACUGUCCAGCGCGGAGAAACGAUUGGCUCAGAGAGGAUACGAAUUAGAAAAGAAGGCAGCCCUAGCGCCGAAGCCGACGACGGCGUACCGGACGGUGCGCACGGCGGACGGCAGCGUGGUGCAGCGGCCAGUGGGCACCGUGCGGCCCAUGCAGCACGGCGCGCGCUGGAUCCCCGCCGACGUGUGGCGCCGCCAGGGCAUGACCGCGCAGGAGAUGACGCUGCCGCUCGACGUGGUGAUACCAACCAACUCCGCCGAGAAGACGAACAUCGUCCUGAAGGCCGGUCAGCGAGUCAUGGUGCUCAAGUCACCGAAGGGUAUCUACAUGCAGCUGGAGUCUGGCAAGAUCAUCGCCAUCAAGACCUCGUUCAAGGGUCUGGGGCAGAAGGCGGCUGAUAACAAGGAUAGCAGCCCUAUUGGGAAGAAAAUCCUGGGCAGCCGUCCAGGCAGCAUACCGGGCUCUCUAAAGAAUAACUCCGCAAUCACAAUAACUUCCAAGAGCGGCCCCCGACCCGGCUUCCAGCGGGUCAUAACCAGGCCCGCCAUAAUAGGCCACAACAAGAUCUCCAGGCCUCUUCUCCCCGGACAGAAGAUAGCCGACAUCCGGAACCGGCUAGGGGAGAUGCGCUCCUACGGCACCGUGCGACACAGACUACCCCCGCACCCUGGCCGCAUCCUCCGACCCAACCUCCCGGGAUCACUUAGCAUAACAAAAAUCAGAAGGGACGCUAAAAGAUCUGAUAAUGAAAAUAGCGACUCUAAUCCCCCAACUAAGAUCGACUCCGACGAUGAUACUCAAAUCCUAGACAGCGACGAAGAAGAAACGGAAAAGGCGAAAAAAGCAGUUAGCGAACAAAAAUCAAAGACGCUCGCGGAAAAUUCUGAAGACUCAAAAUCCUCCACAAGCUCUGAAAACCAAAAGAAAAGUGCCAAUACUCAAGAAAAACUUUCAGAACCUAUUGUUUUAACGACUGAUGAAAAACUACCUUCGGAGGAGGCUCUAGAAGUCAAAAAUUCCGACACCAGCGACUCCCAUUUAAGCGACGACUCUAGGACGCGCGUAGAUAACUCCCAAACGCCCCCGAUGGAUAACGUCGAGAGGAAAAUUAAUUUACUGAAAAACUAUAGGCAUCAAAGACCCGGCAGUAGGCCUCAAACGGAAUCCAGCUUGAGUAUAUUAGAGAGGACGGCCAGCGUGCUAAAUAAGGAGGGCAUGCCGGACUUCCGGAGGAACCUAGACGAUAUAACUCAGUCGUAUUCCCCAGGUAGCGAAGAAAAGCCGGGGACUAAGUCGAAGAAGAAAAAGUCUCCCAACAAGGAGGGCGAAUCUCAGAGUCAGUUUAAUUCGGGGAUGUCUCAUAGUGUGUCUAGUCUGCUGGGGUCGCCGGGCGCGAAGCGGAGCGACCACGGCGCGGCGCCGGCGGCGCCCGGCCCGGCCGCCGACCUGGCCGUGGCGCCCGCCGCGCCGCCGGCGCCGGACUGCAAGCCGCCCCAGCCCUAUCCCGCACCGGGCCUGCCGCCGGAGGCGCCUUAUGCGCAAUAUCCAGGUUACGGCAUGAACUACGGCGCGUACCCCGACUCGCCGUACUACGGCUACGGCAACUACCCGGCCGGCUACGCGGGCUACGCGCCGCCCGCGCCGGCGCCCGCGCCGCCCUACCCGCCCGCGCCGCCCGCCCCGCUCGCCGCGCCGCCCGACUACCUGCCGCCCAACCCGCAGUGGUAAACCUCCUGGGCGAUACGAACUACCCGAAGGUGGUUAGAACACGAGUGCACUCACUAAACGUACCCCGUACGGUAAAAGUGCGGUACAUCUUACGUCAGUGCGGCAAAAGUGCUCUUUAACUUACCCAGCAGUGGUAGUGUGGUACCUAGAAGUGUAAAGUGUAGUGAAACUGUGGUAAAUUGAACAGUGUUCAGGUGACACGAGAUUCUAAUCCUAAUAUUGAGUGAUGUAAUUUUAGAUGUUCUUUUCGAGGAGUGUGAAUGUGUAUAGGCCGCGGUCCAUCGAGGGAGGGUACGAGUUGUAUUGCAGUUUUAUACUUAAUGUACUUCGUGCCGCGCUGUGAAAUUUUAUAAGACCUUUAUUUUCUAAACCUGUAUGCAAAAUUUAUUGUAUUUUAUCUUCUAUUUAUUUUUUUCUGCGAGUCUUAUAAAGUUAUAAACUAAUGCUGAGAAAUUGUCCUUCAUUUGGAUCUUUUCUAUUCAUCCCUGCCUUGUUUUGAUGAAUAUUAUUGACAUAGGAAUACUUAUGACAUUGUAAGCGAGGUAAAAUGGAAGUAUUUCGCCUCUAUGGUACUUAUUAUUUAAGUAGGACGAUCCGCGGGCACCUUUUUAUCAUAAUAACCAGUGUCAAAUGCGACUAGUAAGUCAUUAGUCGUUACAAUGUAAAUGAAAUAAUGUCUUUCCAAUGUGCGGCUAUGCGUGAAUCUAUGGAUGUGAUACGUUGGUUACUUAGCGUUAGAAAUAGCGUGUAUGAUGGUAUUUAUCUAUGUAAUUUCUAGCUUAGAUAGGAUGCCCACUUAUACUAAUUAAAUAUCUUAGAAAUGUUCUCAUUUAUCCAUUCAAUAGAGCCGUGAUAUGUGUAACAUUAACAUAGUAGAAUGUAUGCAGACUUGCAUAGAAAACUAUUUAUCUAAUCUAGUUUAUAUUUCAAGUGUUCCAAACUCGAAAAACAAAAUCUUUUAAUAUAGAUUUCUAUCUUUUCUUUGGUGUGUUACAAGAGAAGCGAUUAUCUCGUAGGUUUUUGUUUUUUUUUUUUGCAUCGCAACAUAAACUUAAUCUACAUAGCGACAUUUUUUAUCUCAAUAGCAGUGGGUUGUUUAAUUUAAACGUCACUUACCGGACCAGGCGGUCUAGCAUAAGUUGCGUUCUCGCGCACGAGUCCAUUCUUGAAGUCGCGCUUGAUGUAUGGAGUCGCGUGCGAGAACGCAACUCAUGCUAGACCGCCAGGUCAUUUGAAGCUUUUUUCUGUUAUAAGAGGCUGAAACUUCAAUUAAUCAUCUUAUGUUCUUACGAGUAUUGGCUAUGUGCACGAAGCCUUCGGGAUACAUUAAUUAUUUAACAUUUAACAGGCAUGACAUAAAAAUUGACAUUUACGCCACUGCAUGUCCUGUGAUUGACUUCACUAAAUGCACUUUGCACAUAGCCAAUAUCUGUCGACCUUAAUUAACUGAUGUGUGUAACAGUGGCGGCGCGUCCAUAAAAGCAGAUUCCCACCGGCUUGCCUGUUUUUGGACGUAUGAGCAGAGUUGUAAAGGAAAUAUGUAUGCCAAAUUAGCCCCGGCUUGCCUAUGGAUAUGUUUGACGCGCCGCCACUGGUGUGUAAUUAGCAGCACACAAUACGCUCUCCCACAGAUAAUUAUCGUCAUGAUACAUGUAAUCUCAUUGUAAAGCGACGGAUUUUUAAUGUACCAGAUUGUUGAAAGACUAAAUGUGAUAUUUAUGAAUUUGCUGUUUUGGUAACCUGGUACUAAGUGAAAAUCAAUCUUUUUACAGUUUCGAUGAGCUUUGUUUGGUGUAUAUGCCUGUUAAUUUUCCUCAAUAUAUAAUAUGUAAUGCAUAUGUGAUAGUCUGAUAAUUUAUGUCACAACAUAUAGUACUUUUACGUUAGCAGUAUUAUAUUUUGCUUGUAUACGAUUUUCGCAAAGUGCAUAUAGAUUACAAAAUAGUGUAAGUUAAAAUCGAAUUUUUAAUUGACUAAGAAAGGAGCAAAUAAAUUACUUUCUGUGAAUAGUUCUCGAAAUAUAAUUUUUAAUAAGUGCCAGAUCAAAAAAUUCGUAAUUUGCGUAGUUUUUGAAUACAUUUGUGGUUUACGUUUCUUGUGAUAUACAGUCAACAGCAGCAGUUGCUAAGCGGGCCAGGUGUUCAAAAUGAUGUUGACGCGACUUUAUUGUUAAAAUAAUAAGAGGGCGUCAAGGUAAUUUUGAACAUCUCGCCCGCUUAGCAACUUCUGCUGCUGAUUGUAUCUACAGAGAUACUUGACUACCUAUUUUAAAUUAAAAAAGCGGGAUUAUCUGUGAGCUCCAAUUAGACUUUCGAUCCUUAUUAUAAAAUUUACUCUUAUCGAAUCGAACAUUAAAGCCCCAUUUACACUGCGAGAACUUUCAUGCAAUAUUCGAUGACAAUGACUUCAGUCGAUCGAUUAAAUACCGCAAUGUAACGAAAAUCGCAAUCAUGUUCGUGAUCCGUCUAAAUGGGGCUUAACCUUUUCGACGCCGUGUCAAGCACAAAAGUUGUCACGCGGACGCCUCCGCGUCACCGUCACCGAAGUGUUAAAACUGAAAUUGAACUUUAUGCCUAUGCACAUAGGUCUAUGUUGCUCUGUUGUCUGUGAAUCAGUCUGGCGUUGAACCUGCGGUGCGGAUGUAUCGGUCAUUGGCGUCCAAAAGGUUAAAGCAAAGAUAAAUAUUAAAAUACUAUAUCAAUGCCAAAACGCUCUGCUAGAAGUCUGUGUACUGUAUGCAAAUUAUAUUUCGAGAAGUAUAACAUUUUUUAUGUGUUGAAUCUCGCACACCAGACGAAAAGUAGAAAUAACGCUGUCAUUAUUUUUUAAAUUUAUAGCCAUUCGUGUGUUGCCCUGUGUACAAAUAAGCGUUCGGCGAUAAUGUUCGAAGUGAUACAUAACAGUGCAUUUUAAAUUGAUCCAUAUUACUGUACCGGCGAUAUCUAAUAAAGAAAUCAGUAAACAGUA